AUGGACUCUAGACUAGCACAAUUCGCAGCUCUCAACCAGAAAGACAAAGCACCAGCCUAUCUAUCUCUGGUGUCAGAGAUUCUUGCUCGUCAAGAUCAGUCUCUCAUAGCUGCCGAUCUCCAUACAUUAGUGGAAACAGUUGUCCAGGACGUAGGCAUUGUCGUCGGAAGACAAGUCCUCUCUGAAUUGGCCAGAAGUCUUAGUACCGGAAGCAUAUCAGAUCACAACCUGCGGAAAUGUAUCGUAAAGGAAACUCUCAACACACUUCAGCCACGAAUCGUGAGUUAUGAAGAGCAGGUCAAUUCUCUACGCUUUCAACUCGCAGAUUUGCUAGAAAUGGAAGAAGAAUGGAGCGAAGCCGCCCGUGUCCUUAUGGGAAUCUCUUCUCGGUCACUACCAGACGAGGAAAAAUUUCGCGUAAAUAUUCGGAUAGUCAGGCUGCUCUUAGAGGACGAGGAUUCCGUCCAAGCGGAGACUUACUACAAUCGCGCCGCUUCUCUUUCCAAUUCGACAUCGGACCGAGAGACACAACUUCAGUUCAAGCUCUGCCAAGCCAGAAUCAGUGACUAUGCACGCAAGUUUCUCGAGGCUGCAUUGCGCUAUCACGAGCUGAGCUGGCUUGCCGAGAUUGACGAAGAAGAAAGAAGGGAGAUGUUGUCGGCUGCAGUGACUUGUGCUGUCUUAGCCCCAGCUGGCCCAAACAGGUCGCGCGUGCUUGCUUCAUUGUAUAGAGACGAGCGUUCAGCUAACCUACCCUCAUACAACAUCCUGUCUAAAAUGUUCCUCGACCACAUCCUCCGCCCAGCUGAAAUCAGAACAUUCGAGGAGCGCCUUCGGCCUCAUCAACUAGCAAAGAUUGCUAUUUCUUCCAACGAUCAGCUUGCCUCGACUAUUGAUGAUGAUGACUCUACCGAACCGUCGACAAGUACUCGCAGGGGGCCGUCAACUGUUCUUGAUCGAGCGGUUAUGGAACAUAACCUAUUGGCCAGCUCGAAAAUCUAUAAUAACAUCACUUUUAAAGGUCUCGGUGCUCUCCUAGAUCUAGCACCUGGAGCCGCAGAGACGAUGGCACGAAAAAUGAUAGAGCAAGGACGUUUGAAAGGGUCGAUUGAUCAAGUCGAUAAGCUCAUCUGGUUCGAUGCAGCAAGAGAGGAAGAUGACGCUCAAGGCAAAGCAGGUGGUCUUGGUGACGUAGAGCAGACUAACGAGGACACUGGUGCUCCGUUCACCAAGCGAUGGGACUUGCAAAUUCGCAUGACAGCAGCAAAUGUACGUGUUGGGAGUUCCCUGGUGCAAAUAAUCCUCGAGCUGAUUUGA